GUUUGAUUGGAUUUGGGUAAUUUGCAUUCCAAGCAGGUCCUAUAUAUCCUAGUUUUUGCACCAGGGCCGGCCCAUUAAGAAGACAAGAAGCCCAACCGGGCCAGGCCCAACAAUUUAAGGGGCCUAAUUUUUUUAAAUAUUGUAUAUAUAUUUAAGCCCUGCCCAGCUAAAGCCCAAAACUCCCUAGCCCUCCUAUUUCCGUUCCACAGAAGAAAGCGGAAGUAGCCAACAGCCCAACACCCACGAAGGCACGGACGGAAAUUGAAAAAGACGCCAGAAGGAAGUCGCCGCCGACCGCCAGACGCCGCCUCGGCGGAAACUCUCCAGCCUCCAGGUCCAGGAGUCCAGACAGGACCCCACGAGUUAGUUUUUUUGGGUCUGCCUUUGCAGUGGGCCAUCUGCAGAGGCCAAAAAGAGCUAAUCUUUCUCCAACAAUCCUCCAUCGUGAGGGAUAACUGAAAUGGUUGCCGGAAAAAUGAACUCCCGCUUCACAACCCUCACCUUUCAAAUAUUCAAAUCCACACACUCCCGCCGCCAUCAAGCAUCUCUAUUGUCUAUUCAUCCCCAUCUUCUAAAUACCCAAUCAUUCUCCUCCGCUUCUCCCAUCCCCCCUUCCUCCCUGUCUGCUCACCAAUACCCCCAAACUUUGGAAGGAUUGAGGAGCAGGCUAGCCGCCGAGGCCCCAACGCUUGCUGAUUUCACUCGGCUCCAAUCAAACAAUGAAUACUCUGUUGAGGUUGGAACCAAGAAGAAGCCACUCCCGAAGCCCAAGUGGAUGAAGGAAGCGAUCCCUGGAGGAGAAAAGUACACGCAAAUUAAGAAGAAACUGAGGGAGUUGAACCUGCACACUGUUUGCGAAGAGGCUAAAUGUCCCAAUCUGGGAGAAUGCUGGUCCGGUGGGGAAACAGGAACUGCUACUGCAACCAUUAUGAUUCUCGGCGAUACUUGUACUCGAGGAUGCAGGUUCUGCAACGUGAAGACAUCACGCACUCCACCCCCUCCCGAUCCAAAUGAACCGUACAAUGUGGCUGAGGCAAUUGCUUCAUGGGGUUUGGAUUAUGUUGUGAUCACUAGUGUUGACCGUGAUGAUUUGCCCGACCAAGGAAGCAAUCAUUUUACAAAGACAGUACAAAAGUUAAAGGAAUUGAAGCCAGAUAUUCUUAUUGAAGCACUUGUUCCAGACUUUAGAGGGAAUUCUAGUUGUGUUGAGAAAGUUGCAAAGUCCGGAUUAGAUGUUUUCGCUCAUAAUAUCGAAACAGUUGAAGAGCUUCAGAGUGUUGUACGGGAUCAACGUGCUAACUUCAAGCAGUCCAUGGAUGUCUUGAUGAUGGCCAAGGAAUAUGCUCCUGCUGGUACGCUAACCAAAACAUCUAUAAUGCUGGGUUGUGGUGAAACACCAGACCAAAUUGUUAAAACCAUGGAAAAGGUACGUGCAGCUGGUGUGGAUGUGAUGACAUUUGGUCAAUAUAUGAGACCCUCAAAGCGGCAUAUGCCUGUAUCAGAAUAUGUUACUCCUGAGGCUUUUGAGAAGUAUCGAGUUCUUGGGAUGCAAAUGGGAUUUCGAUAUGUUGCUUCUGGUCCUAUGGUUAGAUCAUCAUACAAGGCUGGAGAGUUUUACAUCAAGUCUAUGAUUGAAUCUGAUCGUGCUGCUUCUUCGGCCUAGCCUCCAUUUUCUGACCACAGAUUAUGGUGAUGUUUGCCUAUUGGAGGUUCUCCCUAAUACGCCGUUUUCAAAUAACAGGAAUUCUACUUUGAGCAGCAGUUUGAUUAGUGAAAUGGCAAAGCACAAACAAGGCUUACGCAGUGUUUUUGGCUUCCGUUGAUUCAUUUAAAGACUAUUUGUCCGGGGGGUAUCUUAGUGCAAGUAAGUGUUGACCAUUCAUCUAUCUAUACUCUAUAGCAAUAAGGCAGGUAUUAUAUACAUCAUAGUGGAUAUGUCAUAUAUGCUCAUGUGAAUAGUAGCAUAUUUUGUUUAUGAUUGAUUAGAAUCAUGGCCUUGCGUUGCACGGAUAGGAUAUUGUUCAAUAUAAUUUGUAUGCUACCAUAAUAUCAUAAAGUUGGUUAAAAUGA